AUGUCGAGACAGCAUCAACCUUAUGCUUAUCAACCACCUCCAUCACGUUCACGUCCACGCUCGCCAGACCGGCCCUUCCAUCAGCAUCCACAAGACCUUCAGCCGCAGCAAGGGCAGUACUAUCAGCAGUAUGCAGGACCGAGCUCGGCGAUACAGCGGGAGGAUCAUCUCCACCACGACCGGUACCAACCUCCACCACCUCCACCCAUCGCCUCAUCCUCCCGUACCUUUGCUUUCCGUCCCCCCGCUAUCGCCUCGCUUAGCCGCACAUCAGCCUAUGCUGGUCCGGCUACACUACCCACUCCAUCCACAUCCAGGGCGUCGACAUCACCUACCAAGGGAUCGGUCGGCUAUCGUCUGAGCGCGUCCAGUUCGGGACGCGAUCACCGGGUUAGAGACGGCGAUGGAGAUGAUGAUCUCGCCUCGUCUGGCGAGGAUGGCGGCGCGCAGAAGCUCGAGGUCAAGCGGGAGAAGAACAGACUCAAGCAGAGAAAUUUGAGAUUACGUCGCGCCAAUCACGUCUCUACGCUCGAAGCGUCCAUCGAGGCUCUGGAGAAGAAAAGCAAGCUCGUCGAAGCACAGCACGAGGAGGCACAGGCCAGUCUGAAGCAGUAUGUGGCUCGGCUGGAGGCAGUGCUGCGGCAGAAUGGGCUAGAGGCGGAAUUGUGGGCGUCUCAGGCUGGUGGAUCGACCAUACCAGCGCACCGCGCGACUAGUCCCCGGCGUCGAGCUAGCGAAGGAGGCGCGGAAGGUGCUGGUCGGGAGAAGAAGCGGCGAAGGGGGACGGAGGGUGAUAAGGACGGAGUCGACGCGUCUCUCGGCCAUCAGGGCGGCGAGGGAGAAUACCAGCACGUCGGCCGAGAGGACAGCACCCACACGGCAGACGACCCUCCCAAUGACGCCCUCAUCCCUCCCGCAUCCAGUGCCGAACACAGCCGACCGACAAGCUCGACUUCUUCCUUCGCGCCAAUCCAUCUCGGCAAGACACACACAUCCCACUUCAGCACCGCUCCCUCCCCCCGAUCUAUCCGUAUCGAGGAUCUGCUCUCCCCAUCUCUGGCUUUGAACGAGUCGCCUCCGGUACCCGUGAGCGCGUAUACCAUUGGUACACCGUAUCAGCUCGCUCCGGCGCCGAGCGAGCACUCGGAUCAGGCAAGCAGUAUCGUGCGCCGGCCGUCGGUACAUCGCGGAGGACAUGCCAUGUCGGCCGAGGGCUCGUCAGAGUCGCUUGGUUCUCGGUCCAGCGUAACGGCGUGUGCCACGGCUAGCGUGAGUACCAGCGCAUUGAGGCGUUCCCCAGGCUAUGCCGACGCACAUCCCCCGGUCCCUCUCCCUCUCCCCGCCCCGCCUCCGCUAGCAGGGCAUGUCAUCCCGCCCCACCUCCAUCCUUCCAUCCACACCGCUCGCCUUCUCUUCCGCGUGCUCCUCGCGCAACAACCAGAGGUUCCCAUCUCGCACUGCAUCCUCCCUCCCCUCAAUCCCCAGCAGCAAACCAUCAUCCUCAAUGCCAUCUACAACCUCACCACCUCUGCCUUCCGAGACGAGAUCAACGCAUCCCAGGUCCGCCUCAUGCCUGCCAUCAUCUCCAAGAUCCUCCUCGAAUACUCGUACUCGUCAAAAGCGGAUCUCCGCGUCAUCCUCAUGCCCAUCGCUAUCCUCCGCGGCCGGAUCGUUGGCUUCCUCACGGACGGCCUGCCCUUUGACAUCACCGCAUUCGUCACGCACGUCUUGGCGGACGCGCGGAUAUUUGGGGAUACAGGCGAUCCCGACUCGUGGGAGAUGAGCGAUACCUUCUGGGACGUGUGGGGUGGAUGGUUUAAGGCUGGCAGGCACUUUUGUGGGAGCUUGUCGGGGUGGAGGAGGCGGCAUGGGCAUACUGGGUCCAAUAUCGUGGAGAUACUGCUGGGCUUGGAGGGGGAGCACAGCAGGAUGACCGAAUUGAUUGGACGACCGCCGGAAUGGGUGAGGCCGGUGUUUGAGCCGCCCGCGAAGGAGAUGGUAGAGAGUGUGGAGCUUAUUAGUGAGAAUGGCGAUGCGGAAGCGCAUGAUACGUUGUAG